UGUACCUUUCUGUCUCCCUGCAGAACAUGGCCAGUGUCUCCUCCUUUGGCAAGUACACUCACGCCAUCGUCCGCUGCAUUCCUUCCUCCUUUGCCACAGCUGAGACCACAGCAGAUGGAUCUGAUGGUGGGGCUGAUGUGGUGGAUCUAGCCAAGGCUCACCGACAGUAUGGCGUCUACACGGGCAUCCUGCGCCAGAAGCUAGGGCUGCAAGUAAUUGAACUGGCGGCAGAUGAGGGACUCCCCUACGCCACGCUGGUGGGGGAUCUGGCAGUGAUCCAGGGAGAUACUGUGCUCCUCACUCGGCCAUGGAUGUCCAUGCGGCGAGACGAGAUCAGCUGUGUCAAAAAGGUCUUGGAGGAGCUAAAACUUCGUGUGGUGGAAGUUACAGAUGAGGGAGCUACCCUGGAUGGAAGCGAUGUGCUUUUUACAGGUAGAGAGUUCUUUGUGGGUAUUUCCAAAUGGACGAAUCACAGAGGAGCAGAGAUGGUAGCUGAUGCUUUUAGGGAUUUUGCUGUGUCUACCGUUCCUGUCUCAGGCACGUUGCAUCUCCGCAGCUUCUGCAGCAUGGCCGGACCUGACACAGUUGUCAUUGGCAGCAGUGAAGUGGCGAAGAAAGCCAUGAAGACCAUGGAGCAAUUAACUGAUCACCACUAUGAAACACUGACAGUACCUGAUGAUCCAGCUGCUAAUUGCAUCUAUGCUCGUCUCGGCCAGAAGAGCAGCAUUCUUUUGCAUCGCAGUGCAGAAGAGUAUCCAAACAGUGUGCAACCUUUUCAAAAGCUUCCAGACUAUACCCUGAUCCCUGCGGCAUGCACGGAGGUAGCCAAACUUGGUGGGACUCUCAGUUCCUGCUCUCUUCUCAUCAACAAGAAGCUGGAGAUCUAGUGCCUAUGGAUCCACCCAAAAAUACAGGUUCCUCAAUCCCUGGAGCCCUUUCCUUGUUUCCUUUGUGCAGAGCAAUGUAGCUCUUUUUCUCCACUUCCUGAUGAAGCAGAGUGCCACCCUGAUUCCCAUACCUGCAGAUUAGGUCCAAUUUAAAUUUGGCAUCUGUUUCUCUCUUUAUUUACAUUGGACCUUCACUUCCACCAAGUCCUACCUCUCUUUACUUCCUCUCUUUACCUUUUCUUGUGUUACCCUUUAGAAAGACUUUUACUCCAGCAUAGAUAGGUGUUCAUCUCUUGCUCCCAAAACUGAAGAAAAGCCACACCAGGAACGGGCCUUUCAGCUGUUCCAUCAGCAACUCCUGUUUUCGUAAGGUUCUCAAUUUUUCAACCCACUUGGGAUACUUAAGGAACAAUGUUGCUUUUUUUCCCCUUUUUUCUUUGUCAGUGGCAGGAUUUUGUGGGACAAGAUUUUGCAAUAGAGACCGAGAAAUAUUUGUUGGCAGCCUUUUUGGAAGACCUUUAGGAGCAUUCAUUGUGAAGUCUGCAUCCACAGUGGUGGCCAAAAUAGGUCCUUUGCCUUUCUCUCUUUCUAUAUCACUAUAUUAGCUUUGGAGAGCAGAGGUAUUCUUGUAGCAGAGGCCUGCUUGUGACUGCUAUUGCAAAUCAUCUUAGACUGGUUUGGCAGACAGGCCAUCUUCCAUUAUAGAGAACUGGAUAAUUCUAUUACCAUUGGUAUUAGGGAUUGGGAGGCAUCCCUGAUUGUAAUGGUGGAAACCUAACACUUCAUAUUUCAUGGCAGAAGUACAAAGGUUUCAGUGGUGGUGAAGGUUCAUGUGACCUUCAGUGCCCCUGAAACAAGGUUCUCAGAGAACUUUAUAAAUGCUAUCUUUUAUGUCUGCUUAGUAUACUGUAUACCAUGGUGCUGUACUUUGGGUUCUGAGAGCGUAGAGUUACUUUCUACUAUUUUCCUGGCUCACAACGGUUUCCUUAUUGCCACCUCUCUGCAUACAGGUAGUCCCCGGGUUAAGAACGCCCAGUUUAAGGAUGACGCCUAGUUAAGAACAAAGCCUAUUGUAGCAAAAUUUGAGUUAAAUGCAGAAUUAUUCGAGUUUAAUACAUAGUGGUUCGAGUUCAUUAUACAAUACUACUGAUACAGUAUUAUCCAAUAAUACCGAUCUGGCUUACAAACAAAUUCAACUUAAGGACAGACCCUGGGAACGGAACUCAUUCUGAAACUGGGGGCUACCUGUUUUCACAAAACUAAAGUCACCACCAAGGAGGAUCACUGCUUUCCCUCUAGCAGCACCAUGUUAUGUAUUUGUGUAAUGUAGUUAAGGGGAAUUUGUAGCCAUGUUCUUGAGGACAAUUCUGCUGAUGACCAGUUGUAGGACUCUGGGUGAUUCACUCACUGCCUCUUUUAACCCCCUGUGGAAUCAGUUAAAAAAGAGUAAUAAAUAAAAGACUGCAACAACUCCA